GGUCCGACUUCGUCUGGUGACAACUGCGGUGGGGGGGUUGUUUUGAUAAAAGUUGAUGGAUUUUCCUAAUCAAGUUUGUAUUACCACAUUCUUGCGUUGAAGUCCAGGAUGUUUUUGGUUCUUUCUAGGUGUUCAACCGUUGGUCUUUCUUCAAGUCGCCGAAGGACAAACAGACGAACGUUGGAAUAACCGAUCUUAAAACUUUUUUCAACUGCCUAACUAGUCAGUGGACUGACCUAUGCUAAGCUAACCCGCCAGCAAAAGCAGCUCAAAAACGUGGUAAAAGUCCUCAAACGAGCAACAUAACUUUAUAUUUCGGGAUUCGUUGACUAGAUGAGAUUUGCUGGUGACUUUGUGAGAGAAACCUGCCUCUCGGAGCCUCGCUUUCGCCGGUCUGAGUGGACGGUGCAGGUGCACCUCUUGCGGCACCUGCGGUAACGUUAGCUCCAUCGGUACUGAGCUAGCCUUAGCUUGUUAGCAUUCAGAAGAAGCAGAGACUAUGCUGUGGACCAGUUUAUCUCUCAUUGCAUAGAUUAUUUGAGAUUUAAGCCAUGAGGUGUUAGUUACAAACGUUAUACUGCUGUUCAACCCUUUAAGUAAUGAGAAUAGCUGAAACAUAUUUCGGCUAACCAGCAACCUCGCUAGCAAGUUAUUGACCCUCAUACUUUUUUUUUUUUUACCGGAGUGGCGACGUGGAUAAGGGUUGUGGACGCUCUCUCCCACAGGACUUUGGACACGGUUUGAUCCUCUCUGAAGGGAAUGCCCCUCUGUUCUCAUCAGCUAGUCUCAUAGAUGUGACAGCAUGAGGAUUUCAAAAAGUUACAUUUUACCGUUUUAAAGUUUUGCUCUAAAAGCUCUGCACCCUAUGGUGCCGCUACGGCCACCGAGAAAUGGAUGCCUCGCAGGCCGCUUUCCCAAACGGUGAAGGGCGGCCCGGCGGCGGUGAGACAGGGGAACAUGCCUGGACAGACUGCCCCACAGCCCGGGCGUGGGCUCACUCUGCUCCGCUGUGCCCGACCCGCUCCCUAUGGACGGCCGCGUAUGACUACGAGGCAAGCGGUGAGGACGAGCUCAGCCUCAGGCGAGGGGACGUGGUGGAGGUGCUGUCCAAAGACGCAGCGAUCUCCGGGGACGAGGGUUGGUGGACGGGUAAAAUCAACCACCGUGUUGGGAUUUUCCCCUCAAACUAUGUCACCUACCAGCCGGCUAUUUACCGUAUACCUACUACGAGUGGGUCUGUGGGGACACGAGAAGUCCCAAGCGCACCCAUCAAUAUCCCCUUCAGUGAACUGGUACUAGAGGAGAUCAUCGGCGUGGGUGGAUUUGGCAAAGUUUACCGGGGCACAUGGAAAGAUCAGGAGGUCGCAGUGAAAGCGGCUCGGCAAGACCCUGAUGAGGACAUAGCAGCCACCGCGGGCGGUGUUAAACAAGAAGGGAAACUUUUCUCCAUGCUGCAACACCCCAACAUUAUUAAACUGGAAGGAGUGUGUUUGGAGGAGCCUAACCUGUGCCUGGUCAUGGAGUAUGCCCGAGGCGGCACACUGAACCGGGCGUUGACCGGAAGGCGCAUCCCUCCACACAUCCUGGUUAACUGGGCCGUACAGAUUGCACGCGGGAUGCUCUACCUACACGAGGAGGCCGUGGUACCCAUCAUCCACCGUGACCUGAAGUCUUGCAACAUUUUAUUAUUUGAAACGAUUGAGAAUGACGACAUCGGGAGGAAGACCUUGAAGAUCACAGAUUUUGGCCUUGCCAGGGAGUGGCACAGAACCACAAAAAUGUCAGCUGCAGGCACGUACUCCUGGAUGGCCCCCGAGGUCAUCAAGUCAUCGCUCUUCUCCAAAGGCAGUGACGUCUGGAGCUAUGGAGUCUUGCUGUGGGAGCUGUUGACAGGGGAGGUGCCGUAUCGCGGGAUAGACGGCCUUGCUGUUGCCUACGGUGUGGCGGUCAAUAAAUUAACGCUACCAAUCCCCUCCACCUGCCCAGAACCCUUCGCCAAGCUAAUGGAAGAAUGCUGGGACCAAGACCCCCACGUGCGUCCCUCCUUCUCCUGCAUCCUGGAGCAGCUGUCGGCCAUCGAGGAGGCGGUGAUGGCCACCAUGCCGCAGGACUCCUUCCACAGCAUGCAGGACGACUGGCGGGUGGAGAUCCAGGAGAUGUUUGAUGAGCUCAGGACCAAAGAGAAGGAGCUACGUUCCAGAGAAGAGGAGCUAACGAGGGCCGCCCUCCAGCAGAAGUCUCAGGAGGAGCUGCUGAAGAGACGGGAGCAGCAGCUGGCGGAGCGGGAGAUCAACGUGCUGGAGAGAGAGCUCAACAUCCUCAUCUUCCAGCUCAACAAAGAUAAGCCCAACGUGAAGAAGAGGAAAGGCAAAUUCAAACGUUCCCGCCUCAAACUGAAGGAUGGAAACCGCAUCAGCCUGCCCUCAGACUUCCAGCAUAAGAUCACGGUGCAGGCGUCGCCCUCCAUGGACAAGAGGCGCAGCCUUCACAGCGCCAGCACCUCUCCCCCCAGCAGUCCCACCCUCAUCCCCCGCCUACGAGCCAUUCAGCUGACGUCCCACAUGCGAAAGGACAGUUUGUAUGUUUACCAACAGGAAGUUGAUCUGACCAGCGAGCUCACAACUUCCUGCGGGCUCAGGAGGAAAGUAACUCAAGAUGAGAGCAACCGUACAUGGGGCCGCAGCACCCCCUUCAGGCCGGAGGAGUUUGAGGAUGUGAGAAAGGGAAUCAAGAAGAAAGGAAGAACCUGGGGCCCCAGUUCAGUCCAGAGCAAAGAGAGGCCUGCUGCUGCUGAGAGAGUGCGCCCUCUGUCAGACGGCAGUAACCCCUGGUCCACCAGCCUGGUCAAAUCCCAGAAGUCUGUCCCCCUCGCCGCCCUGUUUACUGAACAAGCGGGCGGCGGUAAAGACGAGGCCUUCUCCCAGGAUUCUCCUGACAGCUCCAAGCCAAAGCAGCUCAAGUUCCCCAACCAGGUGUACAUUGAUCUACCUAUGUGGAGGGACGAGCAGCAGCCUCAGAGCCCCGCCGGGCAUUGUGGGUCGGGGGAUUCUGGGAUCGGCACAGCAGGUCAGGGCGGCGCCCCGGACACCCCGGACGACCCGUACACCACCACCUCCACCUCGUCCAGCUCCACCACCCCCCAGCUCACCCCCACCAACAGCCUGAAGCGGGCAUCGACGCGCCGUAAGACCGACUCGGCGCUUUACGGCUGCGGCGCGCUGCUGGCUUCAGUGGUGCUCGGUUAUGACAUCAGAGAAGCUCUCAAGAACUCGGCUCCCGUGGAGGACUGCGAGCCCCAGCGCGAGGAGAAAGAGAAGAAGAAGAAGGAGGGGCUUUUUCAGCGGGCCACGCGGUUCCGCCGCAGCACCUCGCCACCGAGCGGACGACCCCAGAAAAACGAGGCAUCGUCAAACCCCGCCGCCGCUCAGCCGGUCAAUCUCAUCUCCAUGUCGGCCAUUAUGGAAUGCAACUCCAACAAGUGUCCCGGCCAGCCACAGGAGGCGGCUGCGGUGAAGACCAGCCCGGGGAAGGUGGAGCCUGUGGCGGCCAAUCAUCACACAGAGACACCCGGGCCCAUCACAGCAGUUCCUACAGAAGGCCAGAAUGACAGGACUGCAGCUAACACACAGACACCAGUGCAAACCAAAAGCCAGCCGACAGAGCAGAGCAACAACAACAACACAGGGCCACGUCUGCGCAGGAAGAAAUACUCCACCAACCACAAUACCACUCUGCCUCCUCCUUCCACGCAGAAGAAGCAGCAGAAAGACAAGGAGGUUUCAGAGAAGCCCUCUAAAGGGGAGGCGUUCUCCAGACCCCGGCCGGUGUCCUUCAGGGCCAAACCCCAUGCCUGGGCCCUGCUGCGGGGGCGCAACAAGAGCUACUCCCUGGGCCACUACUCCGGGGAGAAGGCGGCUAAAAACAUAAGCGUGGUGCUGUCCUCCGACGUGGGGAUGGGCUGCUCGCUGCUGGACAUGGACACGGAGGGCCAGAAACGAGACUGCACGGUGCCGCUCUGCCGCAUCCAGAGCUCCCCGGGGCGGCCCUCCGUCUUCGAGCUGGAGAAAGAGUUCCUCUCGUAGGAGCUGGAUGAAAUGGUCUGCUGUGUUCAUCGCUCAUCCCGUACAAUCUAGAGAGGUUCAGAACGCUUAGACAGAUUUUUUGCCUAAAACUCCUGGAGGGUUUAGAACAUGGCUGCCUUUUAAUCUAUGUUUUAAAAAGGGUUCUAUCACUUAGAACCCCGCUGUGUCUUUGUUCUAGAGCAGAGGCUGUGUCCAAAAUGAUUCACUCGCUCACUAUAUGUUAUUAUUACAUUACACUUGUUAGACACUUUUAUCCAAAGUGACUUACAAACUCAAUACUGUGGACAA